GUUUCAUGCCUGAUGUAAUGGGACACAAGCCUUCCAGAAGGUUAAGCUUUUGUUUUGUUAGUCUACAGAAUAUUUUCCCAAAAGUCUUGGGUUUUGUCAAGAUGUUUUUUAGAAAAUGUGAGAUAAACUUUUGUGUUUGUGGACACUUGUGGUUUUUCACUUUGGCACUCUUCCAUGGAUGACAUCUUUGCCUGGUCUCUUUGUUACCGUUGAUUCAUGAAGACUGACCUUAACUGAGGCAAUUGAAGCCUGCAGUUCUUUAAAUGUUAUUCUAGGUGCUUUGGUAACCUCUUGAAUCACUAAUGUGCUCUUAGAAUAAUUUUGGUAGGCCAACAACUGUUCCAAGAUUUUUUCCAUCUGUGAAUAAGGAACACCUGUACACCCACCACCCAGCUGGGCGGCGGUCAAGGUUGGAAGCCCUGGGAGACUGAUCCCCAGCUAUUGAGGCUGGUAAUUGGGACAUGGAACGUCGCCUCUCUGGUAGAGUCAAAUCACCCUGAUGGAUGCACCAGUGUUUAAAGCCAUACAACCAGAGGAGCUGGCUAGUUGUGGAUGGAGUGGAAAGGAGAAACACAGUUUAGCCCCCAAUGUGGUUGCAUUCACACGUCGGUUCAACCAGGUGAGCUUUUGGCUGGUGAGAGAAAUCUUAACUGCCCAGACGCUGAAAAUCCGAGCAGAGAUACUGAGUCACUUUGUCAAGAUAGCAAAGAAACUGUUGGAGUUGAACAAUCUCCAUUCUCUGGUGUCCGUGGUUUCUGCUCUGCAGAGUGCGCCAAUCUUCAGACUCAGCAAAACCUGGGCGCUGAUCAGUCGGAAAGACAAGGCCACGUUUGAGAAGCUAAACUAUCUGACAUCCAAGGAAGAGAAUUACACCCGCAUGAGGGAAUACAUUCGCUCCCUGAAGAUGGUGCCCUGUAUUCCUUACCUUGGGAUCUACCUGUUGGACAUUAUCUACAUUGACUCGGCUUAUCCUGCAUCAGACAGCAUCAUAGAAACAGAGCAGAGGACAAAUCAGAUGAACAAUCUUCUGAGAGUUAUUUCAGACCUGCAGAUGUCAUGUAACUAUGAUCACUUGGUGACCCUGCCGCAUGUUCAGAAGUAUCUGUUGUCAGUUCGCUACAUAGAGGAACUCCAGAAGUUUGUAGAGGACGAUAACUUCAAGCUCUCUCUAAAGAUUGAACCUGGCAACAGUUCCCCUCGCAUUGCUUCUUCUAAAGAAGACCUGGCAGGUCUGUGUGAGGUAUCAGCCUCUUUGAGGUAUAACCGACGACCUACUUGCCCUGAUGCGUCUGUGGGGGUUCAUAUUCCCACCCCCCCUCCCUCUCACCACAGGAAGAGUCACAGUCUGGGAAACAACGUGAUGUGUCAGUAUGGCAUGUCAGAAAGCAGGAGUGCCACAUUUCCUAUAGAGAAAACACGACACCUGCUGGAUGACAGCUUCUUAGAAUCUCAGAGCCCAGUCAGAAAUGAUCCGCACAGUACAUCUGUGUCCAAUGGCCUGUCAUUAGGCAGUAGUGAAAGCUCGUUUUGGGAGGAACUAUCACCUGCAGUGGAGAGGGGCCGCAUGUAUGCAACACUGGGCCCGAACUGGAGGGUCCCUCUUCGCAACUCUCCCCGGAGCCGAAGCUAUGUUUACAGCUACUCUGCUACCAACUCCUGCUAUGGAUGCAGUGAAGCUGGUAGUGUGACCAUUGAAGGACCACUGCGAAGGAAAACACUGCUGAAGGAGGGACGAAAGCCCAAGUUGUCCUCGUGGACCAGAUUUUGGAUCAUUUUGUCUGGAUCAACACUGACAUUCUAUGGAGCGAAAGCACUGAGGGACUCUGAGAGGAAGCAUUACAAGUCAAGGCCUUGUAAAAAAGUUUGUGUGACUGGCUGGAUGGUGGUACUGCCAGAUGACCCAGCCCGACCCAACAUCUUCCAGCUCAGUGACCCAGAAAAAGGCAAUGUUUACAAGUUCCAGACAGGGUCCAGGUUUUCAGCAAUCAUCUGGCACAAAAACCUAGAGGAGGCUUGUAGAAAAAGUAGACCUCAGAUACCUGCAAACCUUAUGUCAUUUGAAUGAGAGCAGCCUUUAUUGAGCAGGAUAUUAUCGUGCCAAACUGUUGUUUGAGAAUUACAGACUGAAUAAGGAAUUUGAUAACGCUGACAUCAGCAUUAGAGUCAAGAAGCAUAUGACACUGUCGAAGAAGCUCUGUGAUGCUGGAUGUGUGACUGUCGUGCCAGUGCACCUGCUUUGAUCUUCACCAGAACAAGUCUUAUAUGAUCUCUAUAAAAAUCCAAUCAAUGGAAGACUUUUGCGGGGUUGGAUUCGUUCCCUAAGUUUCCAUGUUCUCUGUUAUUUGUUACGCUGCUAUAAUGUGUGCAUGAACACGUUGGUUUUUGGCCCAUGUUGGGCUUAUAAUUGGGUGAAAAGAUGCAUCAGUGUGAAAAUGUGGAUGACAGUGUUAGAUGACUCUUAGAUUUAGUUUACUCUGAAUGUCAUCGUCAUAAGGAAGUGGAAGGUGGGAAGUGCACAUUCCCACUCAUAAACUUUUAUUCACCAGAAAAAGUGUGACAUCAUCUCAAGGCCUCGUUAUUUUAAUGAAGGAUCAGUACUGUAGCAAAAAAGACAGAAGCUGAGUCUUCAUUACCUUCAGCCCUGUGACUUAUAGUUUGACUGAAUCUAAUCCAGAAUAGAAGAUUUGUACAUACAAACGCAGGAAUUAACCUUAAAGGUUGUUUUAUGAUUAAGAUGCGAUGCUCUUGCGGGGAUGAAGCCCUGGAUCUGUGUUUACCCCUGCUACCUCAGUUGGUAGUCCUUGUGUAAAAUGUGCUUGCAAAUGUAUGUAACAAGAUUUACAAACAAUUAAUAUUUUCUACAGAACAAAUUAAAAAUAGUAAGAUACCAUGGAAACAAUACUGAACAAAGAGGUAAUUCCAGUUAAUAAGCAGAAGACAGCCAGCUGUUGUCUUCACCAGUAUGCUGAGGCAGCUAGCUGAGUAAAAUUAAAGUGAAUUCCAAUGAAAUACCAAGUUUUCAUUAAUCAAAUGUGUGUAAAUACUGUAUUUAUGUAUAAAAAGAGUUUAUUUUUGACAAUUGGCUAUAGAAGGGAAAAGGAUAUGAUGGAUUGUCGUUGAUUCACCAGCUGCUGUGGGAUUCUGCUCUUCAGAGACACUGUUGGUAAGCCCACCGUAAAACUUGGAUGGACUCCUGUUCUCCAACUGAAGGACAUCAGGAUAAAACUCCAUUAGCAAUGGCAUUAAUUAAUGAUCUGCAUCAAAAUAUUAUGUUGAUUGUAAAUACUAAUUCUGUUUUAUUGGAUGGGACUUAUUUUUUUGUAAGUUUUACAAAAAAAUUGUUUAAGUUUUAACUGAAUCAGUGAUCAGAGGUGGCAAAAGUACAGCCGUGUGACAGUCAGGGAUGGGUUUUCAAGUGAGAAGAACCAUUUACUUUACUUAGGUAGAUGUACAAAUACUUUUUAGUAAAAAAAUACUCCAAUAAAAGUUCUGUACUGAUUCAACUUCUUUACUCAAGUAAAAGUGAAAAAGUACAGGCUUGUAAAUAUAUAUCCAAAGUAAGAAAAGUAGGUCUUUGAAGGACCUUUCCAACCAUGAUUUUUUUGUGCAAAGCUAACUGAACCUCUUUCUAUAGUGAUAUAAUAAUAGUGGUAUAUGGGAAUACCAACUUUUUUGACUUUGGAUCCACACCUAAACAGAAAAAUUAGUGCAGUCAGGGGUUAACUUGAAAUUUAGCAGGUGGGGGAACAAUAAGAUCAGUUGCAGUGACUCAACAUGGGGAAAAGAAUUACAACUCAAUAAUUUCUAUUGUAAGCUAUAGUAGAUUUUCUUUGUGUACAUGCUGUUAUCAGCUAACCUGUGUUGAGCUCCUUUGAGGUUUAUUGGUGUUUGUGGAUUUGCACAACUGAAUUCAACAACAUGUAACCCAAGUUUUCACAAGUUAGUUUAUAUUGUCUUUACUGAGUGAGUUUAAGCAUUGUCAGCUUAAAUGCAAAUUCAUCUCUGCUACACUUGCUGUGACCUAACACUGACCAUGAACACCACAGCCAAUGUUCCCCUGUGAAAAACAGUGUUUCAUCACAGUACAACAAGCUAACCUGUUUAUCCUGCAUUAAACUGCCAAGUAUUUCAAUAACACAAAAUUAGUAUACCUAGUUUGUUUUGCAGGACAUUUCACAAUAUGAAAAACAUACCUUCAUAUCAUAUACAGAUACAAUUUAAAUUAAAAUGAGGACAUACCUUAGCUUUAAAUUCCCAGUUUAUCAAAUGUCACUGAGUAGUCCUCUCCUUUAAAUAAAUAAAUCCUGUUUAAAUCCUGUCUGUCUUACAUCUAUGUUCAUCUCUGAGUGAAGUUUUUGUUCUCCCUGCUAAAUACAGCUACUGAACCAUUUGCACACAGACUCACUGUGUAAUAAACUCCACACAAACAGUUUGUGUGGUUGGUGAUAUUGUUAACGUGAUAUGAGACGUUAGAAACAUUGCAUUUUAAAUCUCCUGCCUGUUGUUGGGGGUUUUUUUUAGAUAUACAUUUGGCAUACUUUUUUUCCCCUCUUUCAUCCCUUUGUAUGUGAUAAGCAACGAUGAUUGAUACCCCAAUAGAAUUGUUGAUUGAUUGUUUGAUGUGCGAAGGUGUGUAGUGAUUUAAAAUAAUAUCCUACCUCAAAUGUGUUACCUCAAAAGUAACAAAGUACGGAUAUUUGUGUUAAACCGUAGAGAGUAUAAGUAAAAAGUUGUCAGAAAAAUACUCAAGUAGAGUGCAGAUACCUGAAAAUUAUUCUUUAGUGCAAUUCUCUCACUUCUGUUCGUAAUAUGGAAAUGAAAGAGUUAAAAGAGUUUACCUUUCUUUAAGUCUGCCUAACCAAAUGAAGUUACGUCAAGCUUCUUCAUUAUCAGUUUAUUAAAGAGUCCCCUGUGGUUAUAAGUUCAGCAUUAUAGCCCAUAAAGUGA